ACGAGUGAGAGUAGUCGUGUUUAUUUAUCUGCUGAUCAUGUUGUCAUUCAUUUAACACAUAGAAUUGACACUCGCUAUUUUAUCGUUCCCGCUAAAGUUUACACGCUUCCGGAAGUAGUUUUACGUCACUUGCCUAAACAAAAGUUAGUGGCGAUUAUUUCAAACAGCGUACAUUCUAUUUCUCUCCUGUUCACUUUUUAGUUAACUCAGAAUUUCAUAAAGUGUAGUCGCGAAUGCAAACCCAUAUGAUGCAUGAUUUGCGUAUAUGCUAUAAAAACAUGCGUUUUCAGAAAACCUCCUGUGACGCCAUAAAUAAGCAUGUUUCCUAGCAUAGCAUGCCUUGGUUUUUUAAAUGUUCAAAAGUUCGGUCUUCUUGCCAAGCGAACACAGAGUUCAACCAAAUACACUAGAAUAUUGUCUCAGGGCAAGAAACAGAAGUUGGAGACGCUGAGUCCCGAGCAGCUGCAGCGGAUCUCCAGGAACAAGGCGGCGGCGCUGGAGAGGCUCGCCGGGAACCAGGCACUUCCGAGCGGCUGUGGAGAGAGCUGGAGGGCGGCGCUCGGCGCGGAGCUCGGGAAGCCCUAUUUUAGAUCAUUAAUGUCAUUUGUUGCUGAGGAGAGGCAAAAACACACCAUCUAUCCACCUGAAAAUGAAGUUUUUACCUGGACACAAGCCUGUGACAUCAAAGAUGUGAAGGUUGUGAUACUUGGCCAGGAUCCUUAUCACGGACCGAACCAGGCUCACGGGCUUUGUUUCAGCGUGCAGAGACCUGUGCCUCCUCCACCGAGCUUGGUGAACAUCUUCAAAGAGCUGGCUUCAGACAUCGAAGGCUUCGAGCAUCCCGGUCAUGGAGAUCUGUCAGGAUGGGCCAAGCAAGGAGUUCUGUUGCUGAACGCGGUGCUGACGGUGCGCGCUCAACAGGCCAACUCUCACAAGGACAGGGGCUGGGAGACGUUCACUGAUGCUGUGAUACACUGGCUCAGCACUAACAUGCAGGCUCUUGUCUUCAUUCUCUGGGGCUCUUAUGCUCAAAAGAAGGGGGCUGCCAUCGACAAGGAGCGACACCACGUUCUGCAGGCGGUGCACCCCUCGCCACUGUCUGCUCACCGCGGCUUCUUCGGAUGCAAGCACUUCUCAAAGACCAAUGAACUGCUGAGGAAAUCAGGAAAGAAGCCCAUCGACUGGAAAGCUCUGUGACCGUUUCCAUUCGUGGCUGUAGACGGAAUGCUGUCUGUCCUGUUUCAGAAAUAAACUUUGUUUUUUUAAUGUUCAUUUCCUGCAAAUCAAUAUCCAUGUGCUUGUUCUGAAUACAUGUGUGUUCCUAAAGUAGGCAGACUGUUCAUUUACAUGUCCAUUUUCCAUCUACUUGUUCCUGUUUUCCUUUCAGAUGUUAUCGAUGUAGUUUUAAAUGUACAACACUAACUGAAUGUUUUUGUGUUUGUCUGUUAACACAAUAAACUAUUUUUCUACAGAA